AAAUUAUUUUUAAGGUUAAUCGAGUCUUGUGUCCUCUUGAAAGAAAGGUCGUUCUAAGGUUAAACUUAUCUUAAAUUUUUUAUUAAAUAAAACUUAAUAAUGUUCUCUAGAAUACUAAGAAACUCAUUGACUGCAAGCCGUAACUUCAGUACAUCUAGUCAGAACAAUGUGAAAGUAGCUGUUGCUGGUGCAUCCGGCGGAAUCGGACAACCUUUGUCUCUGCUUUUAAAACAAUGCCCCAUGAUCUCAGAGUUAUCCCUCUAUGAUAUUGUCCAUACACCUGGAGUAGCAGCUGAUUUAUCACAUAUUGAAACCCCUGCGAAGGUUAAAGGAUAUAUGGGUCCUGAAAAUCUUAAGGAAUGUUUCAAAGGAGCUGAUGUCAUCGUAAUUCCAGCUGGUGUCCCAAGAAAACCAGGAAUGACUAGAGAUGACCUUUUUAAUACAAAUGCCAGUAUAGUGAGGGAUCUUGCUAAAGCAGCAGCUGAAGUAGCUCCAAAGGCUCUUAUAGCUAUCAUUUCAAACCCAGUAAAUAGUACUGUACCUAUUGCCGCUGAAGUAUUCAAAAAAGCAGGAGUGCAUGAUCCUAAAAGAAUUUUUGGUGUUACUACUUUGGAUAUUGUUAGGGCUAACACUUUUGUAGCUGAAGCUAAGGGACUUAACCCAUUGGAAGUAAAAAUUCCUGUAAUUGGUGGACAUUCUGGUGUUACCAUAAUACCUGUAAUUUCUCAGGCAACUCCAUCAGUCAGUUUUACACCAGAGCAAUUGAAACCCCUAACUGUAAGAAUACAAGAGGCUGGUACAGAGGUUGUCAAAGCUAAAGCUGGUGCUGGUUCAGCUACCCUUUCUAUGGCAUAUGCUGGAGCAAGAUUCACAAUUUCCCUCAUUAGAGGAUUAAAAGGUGAAAAUAAUGUUAUCGAAUGUGGUUUUGUUGAAUCCAAUGUUACUGAAGCUUCAUACUUCUCAACUCCUCUUUUGUUGGGCAAGAAUGGUUUGGAAAAGAACUUGGGAAUUGGAAAAUUAUCGCCAUUUGAGGAGGGUUUAUUGAAGGAAGCCAUUCCAGAAUUGAAGAAAAACAUUCAAAAAGGAGUUGACUUUGUGAACAAACACUAAGUCAUCUAUAAUAAUGUUCCAACACAAAUUUCUAUUGAAACAGAUUGUUUUUUUUUUUAAGAAUGCUUUGAAGCAUUUGUAAAUUAUUUAUAACAAAUUAAAUUUUAAUUUAUACAUACAAA